GCAUCAGGCUCGAGCUCAACGGACUGUGUACACCAAUAUUUUCUAGUGCUUCAACACAUCAAUUGAGUUUGAUAGUUGAGACACUAUCUUUCUUCACUCUCUCUCUCUAAGCUCGUGCUCGAGCUAGCGCCAUUUUCAGGAAGGAGGAGAGUUCUGUUCGUCGACUUCACCGACGCAGGGAAAGUGCUUUACAACGGCACCAAUCAAAACCCAUUUCAGCUUGUCAAAGACAUUUAUACAACAAAGCAGGGUAGUUUGGGCAACAUGUUGAUCUAAACCUGGAUUCGGAUAACCCAAGAAUUCAAAUACACCCAAACGACACUUGUUGAUUGACGGCCAGACCAGCUCACAGUCACACUGCUCCCUCAGAAUCCCAUCAUUUCAGGGAAGGUAGAAUUAUUAUUAGUAUGAAUAAGCUAUUAGAUUUUGGAAGGAAGGCCCUAUUCUAUGUUAGGGUUCUUUCUGGGUACGAAGAGCGCAGAAUCCGAUCAUUUAGGUUGGAGCUUGAGCAGCGUAUGAAACAGGCACAAGAAAGGAAGGCUGCCUUAAGAAAGGUCCCAGAACAGGCUAUUUUAGCAGAGGUUCGCCGUAUGGUUGAGGAGAUGCAAAAUUUAAAUAAGAAGCUUGAAGAAACUGAGGCUGCUAUUGAAGAGUACUUCAAACCAAUUGAUAAAGAAGCUGAGGUCAUAGUGAAAAUGCAACUAGACGGAGAGGAGAAGACACUGAAGGAGAUGAUGAAAACGAUGCAACAACAGGCUUUGCUUGAAAAAGCUGAAGCAGAAAAAAUCGCAAAUGCGAAUCAGGUUGGUGCAAAACAGAGUGAGGACCAAGCAUCCACCAAAACCCCUCAACAAGCUCAAACGAGAUAACUCUCUGUAACGUUGAUGACCAAAAUUUUUGAUAUAAUUUUGUAUGAGUGCAUUUCUGUUUUGGUUAUCAUUUUAGAUGUGCUUAUUGGGAGUUGAUAGGAACCAUUAGGUCGGUUGAAAUAACGUAGGAACCAUUUGGUCACAUCCAGUUAAUAAUUCAACAUGAGUGCAUUUUUGUUUUGGUUAUCA